UAUCGUGGAAUCCGGCAGCGCCCAUGGGGUAAGUGGGCUGCUGAGAUUCGAGACCCAAGGAAAGGGGUUCGUGUCUGGCUUGGAACUUUUAACACUGCAGAAGAAGCUGCAAGAGCUUAUGAUGCAGAGGCGCGGAGAAUUCGUGGCAAGAAAGCUAAGGUGAAUUUCCCUGAGGAGACUCCUCGUGCUUCUCCAAAGCGUUCAGUUAAGGCAAAUCUGCAGAAACCACUUGCCAAGGCAAACCUGAACUCUGUCCAGCCCAACCUGAACCAAAAUUUUAAUUUUGUGAACAACUCUGAUCAGGACUUUACCAUGGGUUUGAUGGAAGAGAAACCUUUUACCAACCAGUAUGGGUAUAUGGAUUCCAUCCCUGUUAAUGCAGAUGUCGGCCUCAAGCCAUUUGCUUCCCCUAAUACGGCCCCAGUGUACUUUAGUUCAGAUCAGGGGAGUAACUCGUUUGAUUGUUCUGACUAUGGAUUUGGAGAACAGGGUCCUAAGACUCCAGAAAUCUCAUCUGUUUUUUCAUCCAGUGUAGAAGGGGAUAAUACUCAGUUCCUGGAGGAUGCUAACCCCCCAAAGAAACUGAAAUCUGACUCUGGGAAUGCAGUUUUUGUUGAAGAUAACGCUGCAAAGACACUGUCUGAGGAGCUAUCAGCUUUUGAGAACUCGGACUUCCAGAUGCCAUAUCUUGAGGGAAGCUGGGAUGAAUCCAUUGAGGCAUUGUUCAGUGGGGACACGACUCAGGAUGGUAACUCGAUGGAUCUUUGGAGCUUCGAUGACCUCUCUGUUAUUGUUGGGGGAGAUUUCUGAGCAAGCUUUUCCCAUGCUUGCUAGUUUAUGUAAAUAAGGCUACAUGAAUGGUUGUAAUCUGAUGGACUGGGGUUACAAACAACAUGAACUUGCUUAAGGCUUUUAUGGAGAUUGUACUGAAGUAGUACUGUUGUAUGGGGAGUACAUAGGUAUUUAGGUUACUUUCUACCUUGAAGACCUUGAAUUUGGGAUUUUGAAUUUUAUCUUUUUGUAUUAAUGAUGAUGUGUAGUCUGUGAUAAAAAUGACUAAAACCUGAUGAAUGUCAACUUUGGUGUUUGUUUGCAUCUUGGUUCUUUUACAAAUUACAAUAGGGUCAUUGAUUUUUGGAUUUGAUUAUUUGUAUUUUGAUUACCUACUGCUUAGAAUGGUCCUAAGCCAAAUGGUUAUUGCUUCUGCUCACUUGUUAGGAGUUUAAAACUCUAUGGUGUUAGUUGAGCCUUUUUAUAUUAUGAUACUUAGCUAAUCAGCUAAUUUUUCUUCA